CAAGUUUCUAGAAGCAUUUUUCAACAAAGUUUGUCGUCGAGCAUUAAUCCUCAAUUAUUUCGGUGGAUUUGAUACAUAAACACACAAAAAGAUUAAUUUUAAGGCCAGUAAGUUUUAAAAUAUCAAACAAAAAACAAAUAAAUUGUGAACAAUUGGCGAAAAGUGGAUUUUCAAGCACUUGAAAAGUGACCACACCAAGAAUAGUUCAACGUAUUUAAAAGAGCGAUAGAUAUUGAUUAAUUUUGCUGAAAACACAAAGCAUAAACACACGAAUAUGACGGACGCAGAUGAUCUGGAUUAUUUGGAGUCGCUGCUCGAUGAACCAUUUAAACAAAAGAAUGACAAAAACGAUGGAAGAAAGCGUCGCUCGGAUUCACCACAAGAAAAACGUCGCAGAUCCAGCCGCGAUAGGAAUCAGGAGAAUGGAGGAACUACUGUAGAACGCUCAAAACGAAGUCGCUCAAAAGAAACUCGCCACAAGGACAAAAGCACAAAAGAUGAUGAAAAACACAAGAAAGACAAACGUCGUGAUCGUUCAAGAGACAGAGAAGAUCGAAAGCAGAAAGAACGCGAUAAACGUGAGCCUGAAAAAGACAGUGAUAGAAAACGUGAAGGUUCGAGAUCAAAAGAGAAGCGCAGACGUUCAAGGUCCAGAGAUCAUGAAGAUAAAAUACGUUCAAAAGAUCGUGAUCGAGAUAGAGAUAGAGAACGACGUGACAGAGAAAAAGAACGUGAAAAGGAAAAGGAACGAGAACGCGAAAAGAAGGAACUCGAAAAAAAGCGUAGCCGUUCGCCAGACAAAAGACGAAAACGUUCUUAUUCGCCAAGACCAUUCAGACGAGGUCGAACGCCACCAAAUGGAUUAGGUUAUAGAGAUGAUUCACCAUUUGAGGAGUUGUCACCAGAAGAACGUGAUUCACGUACAAUAUUUUGUAUGCAAUUAUCACAACGAGUGAGAGCACGUGACUUGGAAGAGUUCUUUUCAAGUGUCGGUAAAGUUAGAGAUGUUCGUCUAAUCACAUGCAAUAAGACGAAAAGAUUCAAAGGAAUCGCAUAUGUUGAGUUUAAAGACCCAGAAAGUGUUGCACUUGCUUUGGGCUUAUCUGGUCAAAGAUUAUUAGGAAUCCCGAUAUCUGUACAGCAUACACAGGCUGAGAAGAAUCGACUUGCAAAUACAACGCCACCAGCACCGCCAAAACUUCCAGUUCAAGGUCCUAUGAGACUUUAUGUUGGAUCACUUCACUUUAAUAUUACGGAAGACAUGCUGAGAGGAAUUUUUGAGCCUUUUGGAAAAAUAGAUAAUAUUCAGUUAAUUAUGGAUGCAGAGACGGGACGAAGUAAAGGAUAUGGAUUUAUUACUUUCCACAAUGCAGACGACGCCAAGAAAGCAUUAGAGCAAUUAAAUGGCUUCGAACUAGCUGGAAGGCCGAUGAAAGUUGGAAAUGUGACCGAAAGGUUAGACGUAACAACACAUCAUGCAUCACUCGACACAGAUGAAAUGGAUAGAAGUGGCAUAGAUCUCGGAGCAACAGGACGAUUACAAUUAAUGUUUAAAUUAGCUGAAAAUGCAGGGCUCGAAAUUCCUCAAAUAGCUGCCAAUGCUUUGCUUGCUUCUGCUCCACAGCCAGUCACACAACCUGUUCCACAAGAAGAAAUGCCAACAAUAGCAACACAAUGUUUCUUACUUGUAAAUAUGUUUGAUCCAGCAUCAGAAACGACACUUAAUUGGGAUCAGGAAAUACAAGACGAUGUCAUUGAGGAAUGCAACAAGCAUGGCGGUGUUUAUCAUGUAUACGUUGACAUUUCAUCUUCAGAAGGAAAAGUUUAUGUAAAAUGUCCAUCUAUUGCAACAGCAGUGCUUGCUGUUAAUGCCCUUCAUGGACGAUGGUUUGCAGGUCGAGUUAUUACUGCUGCUUAUGUUCCAUUAGUCACUUAUCAUCAACUAUUUCCUGACAGUUCAACUAUAACCACUUGCUUACAACCAUCAAGGAAAUAAAUUGAUUUUUUUUUGACAUUUCAUAAUCAAUUAAUACUAUUACUAAUCUUCUUUUAAAAGCUUCACUCCUUGUUGGAUCAUUACACUAUGAAAUGAAUA